AUGGAAUCAGAGAUCCUCAAUGGUUUGAAUAAACGACAGUAUGAAGCAGUUACAUUUGAUCCAACAAAGGCCCUACAGAUAGUAGCAGGCCCUGGAACCGGUAAAACUAAAGUGCUAACUACGAGGUAUGCAUAUUUAGUAACUGUCAAGAAAAUCAAUCCGCUUUCUAUUGUGAUGACAACUUUUACACGGAAGGCUGCAGAUGAGAUCAAAGAACGGGUAGAACCCAUACUGCGGAAAGUUGGGUAUGAUACAAAAAAGUUGCUUAUUGGAACUUUUCAUUCUAUUUGUACGAACCUUUUACAUCAAUAUGGUCAUCUAAUAGGAUUACCGAAUAACUGGAGGAUAUUUUCUACAUCUGAAACGGAUCCAAUAAUAAAAAAGCUAGUUAUCGAUUGUCCAGACCAAAUUCGCAGUUAUGCCCUCUCAUAUCGUCCCAAUAAGGUUAGUUUGUGCCUACCGAAUCGUAAAGGAGACUGGGUGCUUUCUGAGAAGCAAAUUAGUAAAAAUAUUUCACGGUUAAAAGCGGAAGCAUUGAGCCCCGAAGCAUAUAAAGAACUUGAUUCGCAUGAUGAGGCCCUUUAUCACUUUUACAGCUCUUAUCAGGCGGAAAUGUUAAAGCAAGCUGGGCUUGACUAUGAUGACCUAUUAUUUUAUGCGUUCAAGCUGCUGUCGAAAAAGAGAUGCUGGGAUCAUAUCAAACAUGUUUUGGUCGAUGAGUUUCAGGAUACGAAUAACAUCCAGCUGGAACUUAUGUACUUAUUAUCGAGAGGUAAACAUCAAUCUUGCGAGGGUGUUACAGCUGUUGGUGAUCCUGACCAGAGUAUUUAUGCAUUUCGGUCUGCUCUGGCUCGAAAUUUUGACGAAAUGAUACAGAAAUGUCCCAUAGAAUACGGCCAGGUAGUGUUGGAAGAUAACUAUAGAUCGACGCAAAAUAUAUUAGAUACCUCUGAGCACGUUAUAAAACAGCAGGGAGAUGGGAGAUCAAAGCGCCUGCCGCUGCGAGCACAGUUUACUUCUAACGUGAAACCUGUGUAUAUGAAAUUCCCCGACAAGUUUCUGGAAGGUCCUACGAUUUGCAAGGAGAUACUAUAUCUAAAAGCCAUACCAGAGCUAUUUUCAUACAGUGACAUUGCGAUCUUGAUUAGACAGCGACGUCAAAUAGAGCCUCUCGAAAGAGCUUUGAUAAGCCAUAGAAUACCAUAUAAAAUUAUCAAGUCAAUGUCGUUUUGGGAAAGGAAAGAAACUAAAGCAAUUCUGGACCUAAUAAAGGUAGUGUGCUCCGAUCUAGAUAGGUAUGCCCUUCUGAGAUCACUAAAGGUGACUCGCGCUGGGUUUGGUGAUGUCACCAUUGCACGUAUUGAAAGUGCAUUCGAUGAAAACCAAGACAAAAGGCCGCUACAGGUUCUAGAAGAUCUUGGCAAUGGCAUUGGCGGUAAAAAAUUACCUGCAAAGAUUAGGACUGAGAUCAUGAAAUACAUCUCGAUAAUAGAGGAUGCUAGAAGUCUAUGUAAUGAAGAUGCUAGGAUGUCAACAAGGGAACAAUUAUUUGAUCAGUUAUACAAUGAUUCAGGAUUGAAAACCGAAUUCUUGUUCCAUGACGAUAAGAGUGAUAGAACAACUAAAGGUCUCGAGGAUAAUGAACCAAACAAGGAAAAUAAAAGGCAUAAAAACGUGUUGAUAGUGAAAAGUCAUUUUUUAGAGUUUGCUCCCGAUGAGGUAGACCCCAAAUACAAGAUAGAGGUGGAUUCCAAAACAAACAAGCUCCUGGUUGUUGACGAUCCAGUUUUAAAAACUGAGGACAGUGACAACAAGACCAGUGUAAGGACUAGGAGGGCAAAAGCUCCGAUUCCUGUGAGAUGCUCAGAGAAAUGUCAUGAUGAUCCGAAAGUUGAUCUUAUGAGGUUACUUCGAGAAUUCGUCAAUUUUAUCAACUUAUAUACCACUACUGAAAGCUUUUCCUCUGUUAAGUUGUCAGGGGAUCAAAAAAAUUCUAAUGCUACGAAGGAUACGAACGGUGCUGUUACGAUAACAACAAUACAUGGAUCCAAGGGUCUUGAAUGGCCAAUUGUCUUCGUUCCAGGAUGCGUAGAAGGGAUCAUACCGUGUGUUUAUGCUAAUUCAAAGGAUGACGAUUCCGAUGAGGACAAUACAGAUACAGGAGAGGAACUUGAUGAGCAAAAUAGCGAUAGUCCAAAGAAAAACAAAAACUCUAGAGCAAGCGAAAGCAUUGAUGAAGAACGCCGUAUGUUUUUCGUAGCUUUAACCAGAGCGAAAUAUCUACUAUACAUUACUGCAACUGAAAAUAAUGAAAGAUUUCCAGUGGUACCAAGCCAAUUCCUUACACAGGAAGUAAUCAAGACUUUAUCCGACUCUCAACAAUUAUUUGAUAGUGUUGAUGCCCUUGAUUCGCUAUACAAGAUAUUGCGUAAGAAACGCCCAGAAUCUUCAAGAUUCAGCAUCGAUAAGCUAUUGGAGGAUUAUAGAAGCUUUGUACGGGGAAAUCGAGAGUUUAUUAUAUGGAAAAAUGAGAAAGUGCUGCAUGCAACAGCUGUAGAUUUUACUGAAAACUCAUCUUCGUUUAUUCCUGGGGGGAUAGUUACUGCUUCGGCGCAGUUAAAUCUGGAAGCUAAUCGUACUCAGGAAACAAGAAUAUUGCGUAGAAGACUAGUGACAUCCUCCGCACCAUUGAAUAAUAAAACCACAACUCUCAACCCAAUCAAACGACAAUUUGCACCACCAAUUGGAGCAUCACAAAAGCAACCAAGGGGACCAACACGACAAUAUGCACCUACCCCUAAUAACAAAAAGACAAAUGAGGCUCCGAAGAUUAAAGCGGAGUUAUCUCAAAAGCCAACUCAGUUACUAACUGUGAAUAGUACCGUGGAAAACUCUUGCGAUUUUCCGGACUCUGAAAUACUUCGUACUAGAAGCAGGAUCAAGGCAACAAAGUUAUCACCAUCGAAAAACUAUCAGAAGAUAGUAACCGACGAAAUAAAGUUGGAGGAUAUUUCGGAUACAGAAGAUGAAAUUGAGGUUAUUAAGAAUGAAAACGAAAUCACAGCAGGAGAGUUACUUCAUAAUCCCGAUGAGUUAGAGGUGGACAAUAGACCUAUUUUAACUAGUGCAAAAGUCUUAGCUGAUGCCACUAUAAAUGAAGUAAAUAGGAAAGUAAAAUCUGGAGGGAAAAAAGCUCGCAGAAAAGUUAAAACCGAGGUACCAGACGGUAGUGAUAUCUUAUCAAGGCUUAAAAAGGCUAGAAAGGCUUCACCUACUAUUAAUGAUGAGGUAAUUGUACUUGACUAA